AUGGGUUGUCAAAAUCCAGGGAUAGAGAAAAAGACAGGGACAGGGAUCAUCACAGGGAUAGAGAUCAAGGAAGGGACAGGGACAGAGAGAGGGAACGGGAUCGCCACAACAGACAUCAUCGGGAUAGGAAGGAACACCGAGACUGUCCUGACAACCAUGAUUAUCACAGAGGCCGUGAUUCUGAAAGGAGAAGAGACCGCGAAAGAGAUGGCCACAGGAGGCAUCGUUCUCGAUCAAGGGGCAGGGAUCGCAGAUCUUGAUCUCGUUCUCGUUCAAAAAGGCAUAACAGGCUCUUCUUUUACUGGCAUGUUUCCAAACAUGCUCCUUCCUUUUGGUGUUGGUGUUGGUGGACAGUUCAAUCCCCUUGUCAUCCAUCCACAAGCAAUGACUCAACAGGCUACUCGUCAUGCUCGGCGUGUUUAUGUUGGUGGCCUUCCUCCAUCUGCUAAUGAACAGACAGUGGCAGUUUACUUUAAUCAAGUCAUGGCUGCUAUUGGAGGAAACACUGCUGGUCCAGGCGAUGCUGUUCUUAAUAUCUGUCGAGGAAGCAAGCAAUGCAAUAGCCCAGUGAAGGUUAGAAGGCCAACAGACUAUAACCCUUCUCUGGCUGCUGCACUGGGCCCAAGCCAGCCAAGCCCCAAUCUGAAUCUUUCUGCAGUUGGCCUAACAGCAGGAUCUGCUGGAGGGUUAGAAGGUCCAGAUCGUAUUUUUGUGGGUGGCCUUCCCUAUUACUUCACUGAAGCUCAAGUUCGGGAGUUGCUUGAAUCAUUCGGUCCUCUAUGUGGAUUCGAUCUUGUGAAGGAUAGGGAAACAUGUAACUCAAAGGGCUAUGCAUUCUGUGUUUACCAGGACCUCAAUGUCACUGACAUUGCUUGCGCUGCUCUAAAUGGUAUCAAGAUGGGGGACAAAACCCUUACUGUCAAACGAGCAAACCAGGGAGAGCAGGAAAGUAUCCUAUUACAGGCACAGCAACAGGUGCAGUUACAGGUUGUACGUUUACCGAUCUUGGGUUCUGUUCCUGAGAGUUGCUCUUGUGAACAGAAACUUGUGUAUCAAGUUGGAGCACUGCCUACAAAGGUUGUUUGUCUCACCCAGGUGUGGACAGCCAGUUGCAGGAGUUGGAAAGAUGUUGAUGGUGCUGCCAAAGCAAAGACGGCAUUGCAUGGAAGGAAAUUUGGUGGGAACCCCGUGGUUGCGGUUUGCUAUGCGGAGGACAAAUUUGCCAAUGAGGAAUACGAUGGAUAA